CACCGGAGCCAGCAGGACCGGCGCGCAGAGAAGAAGAGCUUCUCCAAAGUUGCGCGAGAGGACAGCAACAACAACAACAACAACAACAACAACAACAACAGCAACAACAUUAAAAAACAAAAAGUUCAAAGAAUUUGGGAAAAAAAAAGGUUUUCGGAGAACUUUUGGUCUUCCCCGGUUGACUGCUUCAUGCAGAUGAAAGUGUGACUCAAGCGCUGGAUUAAGUUGGAGAAAGGACUGCACGCAUCUGGACACUCCCGAGAGUAAGUUCAAGAAGGAGUUUGGAUUUCAAAUCCAAACAAAAAAACGACAACAACAAAACAGCAUUUGGAGCAAGAGCAACGAAGCGCCGCGCCAUGACAUAACGGAGAAGUCCAAACGGGACCAGUUUCAGGUUUUCAAAACAGGGACCGGCUGCUGUGCCCUACAAGAAAAUCUCCCCCAGGUUGGUCGUCCUUUGGGGGGAAAGCUAAGAAGAAGUUCGCUCCCAAGCUCGCUCCGCAGGCCGCAUGCCGGAGAUAUGGGUUGACCGGAGGCUGAGCUGAGAUCCAGCCCAGGGACGAUGAGCGCGCCCGGCCUCGGCAUCCCCGCGCUGCCGGCUCGCGUGGUACUGAUGCUGCUGCUCCUGCUGGCCGCCCCCGGGCCGCCGCCGUCGCGGGCGUGCCGCGGGCCGCUCGGCUGCAGCUGCGCGGAGGAGCGCUCCAAGGCGCACGGGGCCCAGCCCCUCGGGCGCAGGGUGAGCUGCGGCAAGGAGGAGCUGUCCGAACCGCCCGACGCCAGGCUGCUGCCCAACAGAACCGUCACGUUAAUACUGAGCCACAACAAAAUCCGAGUCCUGAACAAUGGCUCCUUCUUCGGACUUAAUGCCCUGGAGAAGCUGGAUCUCAAGCACAACUUAAUCAGCACCAUCAUGCCUGGAGCCUUCCAAGGCCUGUCUGAGCUCCGGAAACUCGACCUUUCCAACAACCGCAUUGGCUGCCUGACUUCAGACAUGUUCCAAGGGUUGACUAAUCUCACUAAAUUAAACCUAUCUGGAAACAUCAUAUCAACCUUGGAUCCGGACGUGUUUCAGGAGCUACCGUCCCUUAAGCUUGUGAACUUCAACUCAGAAUAUCUGUCAUGUGACUGUGGGCUGCACUGGAUCCCAGGCUUCUUUCGCAGCAGCUCAGCUCGACUGGGGGAUGAAACCCUGUGUGCCUAUCCAAGAAGCCUGCGGGGGAAACCCCUACGAGGACUUCGGGAAAGCCAGUUGAGCUGUGAAGGCCCUUUGGACCUGCACACCCUGACGCUGCUGCCUUCCCAGCGUCAGGUGGUCUUCAAAGGGGAUCGGCUGCCGUUCCACUGUACUGCCGCUCUGGUGGACAAAGUCACCGCUUUGCACUGGCAUCACAAUGGUCAGCUAGUGACCUCUGACCCGGAGAAGGGUGUCCAGUUGGAAAGCAAUGUCGUGCAUGAUUGCACCUUCAUUACCAGUGAACUUAUUCUAUUCAACGUACAUGUGGAGGCCAGUGGAGAGUGGGAGUGUGUGGUUACAACCGGGAGAGGAAACACAUCUCGCUCUGUUGAAAUAGUGGUGCUCGAGAACAGCGCCUCCUUCUGCCCAGAGGAUAAAGUUGUUAACAACCGAGGGGAGUUCAGGUGGCCAAGAACUCUGGCAGGCAUCACCUCCCACCAGUACUGCCUGCAGCUGCGUUACCCCUCCCUGUCUGUAGAGGGGGACGUGGAGCAGAAAAAGGCCUCUCGCCUGUGUGACCGCUUUGGAAAGUGGCAGGAGGGCAACUACACCAACUGUCACUACACAAAUGGCAUCACCCGUGUCCUGCAUACCUUCAUCCUGAGGCCCAUCAAUACAUCAAAUGCUGUCACCUUGGCCCACCAAGUGCGCACCUACACCCUGGAGGCUGCGGGCUUCACCGACUCGGUGGACGUGCUCUAUGUUGCGCAGAUGAUGGAGAAGUUUAUGGAAUAUGUCAGACAGCUGCAAGAGUUGUCAGAGGUGUUGGUAGAGAUGGGCAGUAACCUGAUGCAGGUGGAUGACCAAAUCCUUGCUGUGGCCCAGAGAGAGAAGAGAGCCUGCAGCUCCAUAGUGGGCUCCUUGGAGUCUCUGGCCUGGCCUCAGCUGCACAGCCACGCUCAGGACUUCUCCAUGGUGUCAAGGAACAUUGUUAUGGAAGCCCACUUGAUUCGACCAGCCCACUUCACUGGCAUAACCUGCACCGCGUAUGAGCGUCGUGAUGUCUCGACAGCCACUCUGGGAAUGGAAAUGCCAGAGUUCACACGUGAACAACAACUUCGUUUUCGCUGCAGCACAGGCUCCCAUAACACAUCUCUGAACAAUUUUCCCCUCAAGAGUUCAGUAGCCGUGGCCUCUGUGACUCUCCCUGCUACUUUGUUUCCUUCUGAUGCGCCUGCAGACUGCAAGCUGCAGUUUGUGGCCUUCCGAACUGGAAGCUUUUUCCCUCUGACUGGGAAUUCAAGCAACAGUGCGGGACACUCCCGAAGGCGCAGUGUCAACACUCCAGUCAUCUAUGUGGGCCUUGAUGGCUGCACUAUGUGGAACCACUCAGAGCCUGUCUGGGUCUCACUCCGCCACUUGUCACCUGGUAGUGAUGCGGUGGCGGCCCAGUGGAGUCCGAAGACGCUGAACAAACAUGGAGGCUGGAGCCCGGAGGGAUGCCAGCUCGUCCACAGUGACAGCAGCACCUCCACGAUGCGCUGCUCUCUGCUUAGCAACUAUGCUGUGCUGCAGGAGGUGCCAGACUUCCCCAACUCUUCCCAAAUCUCCGCUCGGGUGCUCCACCCUGUGGUGUAUGCCUGUACUGCACUGCUCCUCCUUUGCCUCUUCACCAUCAUCAUCACUCACAUACUACACCACAGUUCCAUUCACAUUUCAAGAAAAAGCUGGCAUACAUUACUGAAUACGUGCUUCCACAUCGCCAUGACAACAGCCAUCUACGCAGGAGGCAUAAGCCUGACCAGCUACCCAGUUGUUUGUCAAGCAGUGGGCAUCGCCCUGCACUACUCCUCGCUGUCAACCUUGCUGUGGAUCGGCGUGAGUGCCAGGGUCAUCUACAAAGAAGCUAUGUGGAGAAUGCCGCCGCCAGCAGAAGGGGAUUCGUCUGUUCCGCCUACUCAGCGACCGAUGCUCAGGUUCUAUUUGAUUGCUGGUGGAGUUCCUCUCAUCAUUUGCGGGAUCACUGCAGCUGUCAAUGUCAGUAACUACGGUGACAACACCCCUUACUGCUGGCUGGUGUGGCGCCCCAGUCUGGGGGCUUUCUUUGUCCCAGCGGGCUUAGUGGUGUUGGUGACCUGGAUCUACUUCCUGUGCACUGUGUUCUGCCUGAGGCAGCGUACAACCAAAGAAUGCACAGGAACCGCACCGUCUUCUCCUGUGACUGAGAGCCAGCCUGCGCUGGCAGGAAGCAUCAGCCUUCUGUCUACAGACUCAGUUGUGGGUCCUUUAAAUGCCAAUGUGGCGUCAGAGGACCAGUACUCUCUAAAGACACAGUUUUUAAUUUUGGUGGUCACCCACUUCCUGUUUGUGGUGCUGUGGUGUUGUGGGGCCAUGGCAGUGUUCCUGACUGGGCACGCCAGCUUGUUGUUUAGUUCUCUUUAUGGAAUGGCGGCUAUAGCCCUGGGGGUGUUCCUGGUGGUGCACCACUUCUUCCGACGAGCAGAUGUGCAGGCCUCGUGGCUGCCGUGCUGCCCGGGUCACAGCGGCACCCGGGACGCGGCUACCUACGCGCACACCUGCACGACAAGAAGCAGAGCGCAAACCUCGGAGCAGGGGUCCCAACUUUUCAUCAACUGCCAUCAGCCCGCUGACUCGCACAACUCUCCGUCGACUCGCUCGUCAUCCACGCCGAGCGGCAUCAGCAGUGUCGGACCCGGGCCCUGCAAGCUCACCAACCUGCUGCAGGUGGCGCAAGACACUCCGAGCAACACCUCACGGGCUGCUGCCAGUAUCAACACUGGCACCAGCACUGACAAUGUCACCAAGCCAUCAAAUAAUAUUUUUCCCAGCAUUAACUCUUCAGUUCCAGUGCAUCCUCAGAGAAGGAAAGUGAAUAGCAGGACUAAACAAGGCGGUAGCCAGUAUCACCAUCGGGGCGAUGGCAGAGGUCACUACCGUCUCAAAGCUUUAAGGACAGCAGGAGGCGGGGGCAGCCUCGGAGCUUUGGGUCCCACGAGCUCGGAGCACCUCAGCUCAUCACACGUGGGCCAUAAACAAGCCACCAGUGAGAACGGGAGCGUUCAUCACAGCCUCCCCGAGAGCCACGCGGGCCCGCUGUCAAACGGAAAGCGUGUCGGUCAGUCAGUGGCCACCAGCCCUUCGGAGGGCAGCGACGGGGGGAGCAGCGGCAGUCGCAAACCAUACCCUCUCCUCCCGUCUGUGGCCAGCAGGGUGGCCAUGAACGGCGCGCACAGACGAUGCAUCAGCAGAGACAAUCUGAAACUCGCGGCGGCUGCAGAGCGGGAAGCUAAGCGCUGUUCUUACCCUUUGAACAGCAUCACCGCGACCGUGCCGGGGGCCGCAGCGCCAAAUGGCACCCUGAAGACCUCGGUUCUAGAGCUAGACCGCGACUUGAGCGGCACCGAUCACUCCCAAAGUUCUGUGGGAGUGAAGAGCAGUUUGUGGAAGAGCGAAACCACUGUGUAAUCUGUACUUGUACAUGAACUUCAGUGUUACCUUGACAGCUUUUUUCAUGAGAAGACUAUGUUUUGAAUGGCUCUUGAUUAUUUCUAUAUAAUUUAAGACAGAUCCAGGACCCCAAACUGCUACUUUUGUUUCGGUGGCAAAGCAUUUGAUGUAAAACGGUAAAAAUUUAGACAAGUUGGGAAAAAAAAGGAUAUUUGUAUUUUAUUCAACUGAUAAUAUUGCAGGAUUGUGCAUAUAUGAGGUGUAUGAGGAUUUAAGUUUAAUAAGAGAUUUAUUAUUUUAGUUUUGAUUUGUCUAUGCAUUUCAGGAGACUGUUCGAUUUCAUAGUACACAGCUUUAUGCAAUUCCUUUCAUGGUCAUGUUUUCUUCAAUUACUUUUUUGUAUGUGUGUGUGUGUGUGUGUGUGUGUGUGCGUGUGCGUGGGUGUGUGAGUGUGUGUGCGCGCGCGUGUGCGUUGCUGUACAUAAUCCAUUGUCAAAAAGAAGAAUGUGAGAUUUCUGAAAACAGUGUGGAAAUAAUUUUUUAGCAUUAUGGAUUCCCAUCAGCACUCCUUGUAAUAAAAUCCAAUUGUGGAGGAUGUACAUAUGAUGAA